GACUAUCAUGGCGCCGCCCGAUGAGCGUGCGGAGACCUCAGUGAGAAAAAGAAGAGUGGAAGGCAGCAAAACUGGAACAAAUUCCGCCAAAGACGGCGUAGAGGAAACGAAUAAUCUAGUGAAAGAUGAGCUCCAGGAGAAGAGACAACCAACGUUACGACGUGGGACCUACUGGCUCACUCGCAUUGUGCUGCUGCGCUCCGUCGCCUUUAUUUACUUUGUGGCAUUCACUGUUGCGUACAACCAGAAUAAGCAGCUGAUUGGAAACAAUGGCCUGAUGCCUUGCAAAGACUAUCUGAACAGUGUCAAGCGCUAUGUGGGUGGCAAGAUCGGCAUUGCGGCGUUGGCCUACACCCCAUCAAUUCUCUGGUUGCUGGACUGGACCGUCAUGGACACAAACCUAGAUGCCAUCGCUCUGCUGGGAAUGGCUGUCUCUGGAUUUGUCCUGGUGACCGGAAUGGCCAACAUGGUGAUGAUGGCCUUGUUGUGGCUCCUAUAUCAUUCACUGGUCAACGUCGGACAACUAUGGUAUUCCUUUGGUUGGGAGAGUCAGCUGUUAGAAACAGGAUUUCUGGCCAUUUUCCUCUGUCCGCUGUGGAGCCUCUCUCAGGUCCCCCGCAGAUGCCCACCCUCGCUCAUUUCCAUCUGGACCUUCCGGUGGCUUAUUGUCCGCAUCAUGCUUGGCGCUGGCCUCAUUAAAAUCAGGGGAGACAAAUGCUGGCGAGACCUCACAUGCAUGGAUUAUCACUAUGAGACUCAGCCAGUUCCCAAUCCCAUCUCCUACUACCUGCAUCGUUCACCAUGGUGGUUCCACCGCUUUGAAACCCUGUCCAACCACUUUGUUGAGCUCAUUGUUCCAUUCUUUACCUUCAUGGGUCGACGAAUGUGCAUCGUCAACGGAGCCAUCCAGAUUCUGUUCCAGGUGGUUCUAAUCAUAAGUGGGAACCUCAGUUUCCUCAACUGGCUGACCAUUGUUCCAAGUCUGGCCUGUUUUGAUGACGCCUCUCUGGGAUUCUUGUUUGGGUGUGGAGCCAAGAAAGCAGUGCUGGAGGCAGAGAAGGAAACCAAAACUCAAUCCACCACAAAAGGAAUGCUGAUCCGUCGGGUGGUGAACGUGUCUUUGGGCCUUCUGAUCGGUUGCCUCAGCAUUCCUGUGGUGAUGAACCUACUCAGUUCUCGUCAGGUGAUGAAUACAUCCUUUGACCCGCUGCGUAUCGUCAACACCUACGGAGCCUUCGGCAGCAUCACCAAAGAGCGCACUGAGGUGAUUUUCCAGGGCACUUCAAGUGCUGAUCCGAAAGCUCCCGACGCAGUUUGGGAGGAAUAUCAGUUCCUGUGUAAGCCAGGAGACCUUUUCAGACGUCCAUGCCUCAUAUCGCCAUAUCACUACCGUCUGGACUGGCUCAUGUGGUUCGCUGCCUUCCAGACCUAUGAGCAAAGUGAGUGGAUCAUUCACAUUGCUGGACGCCUGCUGGCCAAUGACAGCAGUGUCCUGUCACUGAUGGAUCAUAACCCUUUCCAUGGCAGAGAUGCUCCUAGGUGGGUUCGAGGGGAACAUUUCAAAUACAAGUUCAGUCGACCAGGCAGCGCGAGUGCCGCUGAGGGGAAGUGGUGGGUGAGAAAACGAAUCGGAGCUUACUUCCCUCCUGUGGACUUGGAAGGACUCCGAGGCUACUUCCAGUCCAGGAACUGGCCACACCCACAUAUACCGCUGAAGAGGAGCUGAGGCAUGAGGAGCUCCAACAGACUGCUGUGCCAGGAGAGUCUUUCCACGCCAGAUCUGGCUGUACUGGAUCCUCAUGUCACAGAAAAGUGUUUUAAAACAAAAUUAAAUUUUUUGACCAAAAGAUAAUCCUGCGUGUGU